AUGGAGCUCAAGGACCUGGCGCCGCGGCUGCUCUCGAAAGAGCGGGCGAACGGGGACAUCGACCCGGACGUACUGACGAACGUCCUGCGCGAUGGGAAAGCAGCGAACGACCGUCGGAAGCAGCUCGUGCAGGUGAUUGCGCGUCAUCCCGUCCUCUCGGACCGCGAUAUGAUGUUCCGGAGCCACACGGAGCGCUACGCGUUUGGCCUGAAGAAGGCGUUUCACUAUGUCAAACUACUUGAAGAAGGCGGCUACACCGAUGCACACGACCGGUGGAUCUUGUACAAGACCAUGGGUGAACCGCUGGGCAUAGACGUGCAUCGAGCCAUGUUUAUCCCGACGCUGGAGAACCAAGGAGACGACGAGCAGCGAGCCAAGUGGCUGCCGCUGGCCAAGCAGUUCAAGAUCCUGGGGGCGUACGCGCAGACAGAGCUCGGCCAUGGGUCAAACGUGCAAGGUAUUGAGACUGUCGCGACGUUUGAUAAGGCCACACAAGAGUUCAUCGUGGACUCGCCGACGCUCACAAGUCGCAAGUGGUGGCCGGGUGGGCUGGGCAAGACAGCGACUCAUGCGAUCGUGCAUGCGAGACUGACCUUGGAUGGACAGGAUGUGGGCGUGCAAGCGUUUAUAGUGCAGCUUCGGUCCACGCACGACCAUAUGCCGCUACCUGGGAUCGAAGUGGGUGACAUUGGCCCCAAAGUUGGCUUCAACGCCGUUGACAAUGGAUACUGUGCGUUUCACAGGAUCCGCAUUCCUCGUAAAAACAUGUUGAUGCGCCAUGCCAAGGUACUGCCUGAUGGCACGUUUGUCAAGCCUCAGAGCGACAAGUUGGUGUACCUAACGAUGGUGCACAUUCGAGCUUACCUGAUCAAGACUCUUGCCAUGCAUAUGGGAGCGGCCGCGACCAUUUGUACUCGCUUCAGUGCUGCGAGGAUUCAAGGACGGACACCGGACCUCAAGGGUGAGUUCCAGGUGCUGGACUACCAGAACCAGCAGCACAAACUUUUCCCGCGGCUUGCAAUUUCGUAUGCUGCUCAUUUUGCAGGAAGCUCUCUUAUAGAGCUGCACGAUUCGGCUUUCGAUGUGAUAAAAGAGGGCAAGCAACGUUUUGGCGCCAAGCUGGCUGAGCUGCAUGCUGUAUCGUCUGGCCUCAAGGCCUGGCUUGCCGAACACGUAAGCGAUGGCAUUGAGACGUGCCGCCGUCUGUGUGGUGGUCACGGCUUCACCCAAGCCAGCAACCUGCCGCACAUCUUUGCCGAGGUUGUUGGCGCUAUCACGUACGAAGGUACUUCUGACGUGCUAACGCAACAGCAUGGACGCUACUUGCUAAAAACGCUGGCAUCCCUUCCAUCAAACGAGAAGUCCACUAAGUUUUUGAGUCAGGUGGCGCGCUAUAGCGACAGCAAGCUGCGUUGCAAUGCUGAGACUCGUCAAGAUUUUGGGAAUCUGGAUUUGCUUCUCGAAGUCUUUCAAGUGCGAGCUGCCCGCGUUGUCCUGGAGCUCGCUGGUCACAUGAACGCUGCAAACAAUGACGGCAACGCGUGCAUGGUGCUCAUGACUCGUGCAUCCACCUCCCACGCCGAGUUGAUACUGCUAGAAGCGUUUGUUCAAGGGGUUCGAAGCGUGCCUUCAGGUCGUGAGCAGCAGUCGGUCGCGCAUUUGUGCUCGCUCUUUGGAGCGUGGCUUAUCGCUCAAUCGCUAGGAGACUUCCGACAGCAUGACUAUCUGUCCACACACCAGGCGGACCUCGUCCGUGAGCAGAUUGUUCACCUUCUCCCUGUCAUCCGCAAAAACUGCGUGUUGCUGACCGAUGCCUGGGACUUCAGUGAUUUCGAGCUGAACUCCGCCAUCGGGCGCUACGACGGUGACAUCUAUCGUGCUUUGGUGAAACGAGCUGCUGACGAGCCGCUGAAUAAGACACAAGUUCCUAAGGACUACGAGAAGUACUUGAAGCCGCUUAUACAAUCCAGUUUGUAG